ACGCCAUUUUGAUUUCAGCCCCUGAUUUGUAUUGGUUUGCAGCGCCCGAGCAGAGGGGCAGGAAGAAGCGAAGGCGCCAUCUUAGGUGCGAGACGCGUGUUUUUUUCUCCUUAGCGUGUUCGGACGCCCCUUUGUUAAUUUAACUCUGAAUAUGUCUAGCGGUGGAGUGAUCCGAGGUCCUGCGGGAAACAACGACUGUCGGAUUUACGUGGGGAAUCUGCCUCCCGACAUUCGCACCAAAGACGUCGAGGACGUGUUUUAUAAAUACGGAGCAAUCCGUGAUAUCGACCUGAAAAACCGAAGAGGAGGACCACCUUUCGCGUUUGUUGAGUUUGAGGACCCCAGAGAUGCAGAAGAUGCUGUGUACGGGAGAGAUGGCUAUGACUACGAUGGCUAUCGUUUGCGGGUGGAGUUCCCCAGGAGUGGAAGAGGUGGGGGAAGAGGUGGCGGGGGAGGUGGAGCUGGGGCUCCCCGAGGCAGAUACGGUCCCCCGUCCCGGCGCUCUGAGUACAGGGUCAUAGUUUCAGGACUCCCUCCUAGUGGAAGCUGGCAGGACCUAAAGGAUCACAUGCGUGAAGCAGGUGAUGUAUGUUACGCUGAUGUUUUCCGAGAUGGCACCGGUGUUGUGGAGUUUGUGCGCAAAGAAGACAUGACCUACGCUGUGCGAAAGCUGGAUAACACUAAGUUCCGGUCCCACGAGGGUGAGACCGCUUACAUCCGCGUAAAGGUGGACGGCCCCCGCAGCCCGAGCUACGGGCGCUCACGCUCUCGUAGCCGCAGCAGAAGCCGGAGCCGGAGCAACAGCCGUAGCCGCAGCUACUCGCCACGCCGCAGCAGAGGAUCUCCACGUUACUCACCCCGCCACAGCCGUUCUCGCUCCCGCACUUAAAGCUCCAACAAUACACACCCUGCGUCGCCCUCUGCUGGACCCACGCUUGUACUUCAUCGCGCUCUUGACUUGUCUCCUCGUGGCCUGAGUCGAGAUCAUCUUUGGUUUGCAGCGGAAAAUUCCAGAAAUGAGUCGUUUUCAUUUUAAUCAUUUAGCUAACGAGAUCAAAAUGAAAUGUAGUUAAGUGGAUGUUCCCGUUUGUCUUCCUUCUCCCUCAUCCUAAAGAAAAAAGAAAAAAAAAAAAACAUAACACCCUUCCUAGUGUUCUGUCCUGUCUUAUCCUAUCCUGUCCCCCCCUCCUCCCUUAUGUCUUUUGUUCUGCAUCCAUAUUUUAACUGGUGUUUCAUACCCCAUUGUUUGUACACAUGAUAGAAAAGGUAGAUAUCCAAAUGAUAAAAAAAAAAAGUCAUGUUUUUGAGAAAUUGGCUGUUUUUGUUAGGGUUUGGGGUGUGGGGUAAGUUGGGUUUUACUUUUGCUGGUUAGGAUUUUUGUUGCAAAACUGUUCUAUUUUUACCUUUUCAUGUGUCUUUCUAUAGACAACAGAGGAGCAGGAUUAAAGAAUGCUUUGGAAUAAAGGAUUGUCAAGCACAGUUCAUUCAUAUUAGGAUAAAGCGUUUUUGGAGGAGGAGGAGCAGGCAUUUCAAUUUUGGCAAUGGUAUGAUGACAAGCGUUUUUAGUCACCUUCAAACAAAUUGCAGGAUUUUUUUUUUUCUUCCUCAGACUUUCCGUAAACUAAAUUUUCUUAGUGAAGUAACAUUCGUUUUUUUUGCUUUGCCAUUUUACCCUCCUUUUAUAGUUCCCUCUCUUUUUUUUUUUUGUACCUGUUCUUCAUUGGCCUUUAGUGCCAAGCAUGCAUGCGUUCUGUCUUAAUGCCAUGCUCGUGCAUACCUUUUUAUUUAUUUAUUUAUUAUUUUUUUUGCUUGUCCUAAAUACAAAACAUUUGUCAUGUAAAGUGGACCUGGAUCGUGCCAUUAUAGAGCAACCACACAAACAUCUCAGGAGAUACUGAUGGAAGAAGGUUUGCCUUGUGCACUUGUAUCAAUGUAAAUUGCAAAUCCACUAAGGAAAUUAUGCUUUUUUUUUUGUUGUUGUCUGUGACGAUGGUACAGCGUAACAUUAAUAUGGUACUUAAAGGUUUUUGUCAUAGAUAAGUACUCAUUUUAUGUUUUGAAGGAAAAAAAGAAAAGAAAAAAAACGCCGCUCCUAUGAUAAUCUCUUAGAAGCUUUUGACAUAGCUGUGAUUCUAACUUGAUCCCUCUUUUUGAUUUUGCUGGUAUUCAAAGGUUUGGAUUGGAGGAGGGACACACUGUCUCCCGAUCCUUGGAGCCGGAUCAUUGGAUCAGUUCAGGAUCAGGAGCAGGAUCAGGAUUAGGAUUAGGAUAAGGAUGGAUACAUACAUGGAGCAGGAUCAAUUUACCGGGAGCGGGAACCGUAGGAGAGGAUCCCAACCCCCUCACCAAAACCGCACUUAACGGAGAUAACAAAACAAAAAAAGCAGAAAACCUUUCAAUUGGCUUUUCUAGAACCAAAUUAAAAAAUUUUUUUUCUUUUUUGUUUUUGCGGAGCCAGACCAAAGAGGCGCACACUGAAGGGAUCCUGCGAUUGUUUUUCUUUUAUGAGAUGAGUUUUUGGUAUAAAGUGGAGCAGAGCCAGGAACCAGGAGGCUGGAUCAGUUGCUUUGGAUGGAAUCCACAUGAGGAGCUGGGUAAAUAGAGGGAUUUAAGGUUUUGGGAGGGUGGGAUGGGAUGUACAUAAUGAAGGGGAUUUUGUAGUUUAUUUAGGGAUUCAAAUAUACAAAAUGCUUCUGAAUUUUUAGUUAUGUGUGUUGGAAUUGGUGGGAUUUUCUGAAUUGGCUACUUCUGAUUUCUAGUUUGUAGUGUUUGUUUUUUCCUUCUCUCUCUCUCUCUUGCUCUCUCUCUGUCUGUCUCUCUCUUUCAAUAAAGUUUGGAAAUCUA